UUAUUCCUGCAUCCCCCCCCCCCUCUCUUCUCUCUUCUCUCUUCUCUCUUCUAUCUUCUAUCUCUCUCGCAACGAAAGAACAGCACCAAACACGCUGCGAUAGGAAGACCGAUCCCACAACUCGCUGGCCAGAUCUAGGGUUUCUCCAUUUUGUUCUAUCCACGGAGCCAACAAUUCCAUUUUUCUCUUUCUUUUCCACACGAUUUCCUGCCAGAUCUGGCAAUAUAUGCGUUUUUCUGUCGAUAUGGCUUCCCGCGAUGGUGCGUAGAGCCGGCCGGGUUCCGAGGCGUCCGUAGGGUUUGCUUUUGGGGUUGGGGUUGGUGAUGGACAGAGAGGGCCACGAGAAUGGUGAUUACCAUCAGUAUUUUCAUCGUCUUGAUCCGGCGGGGGAUCGAUUGAGCCCCGUCCGAAUGCCGCUAUCGAAGCGCCCGAUUUCCCCGCCGUUGUAUUCGUCUUGCUCGCCCGGUGCGUCCAGUGCCGGCGUCGGUGCGGGCCUUAGUUACAUCAAACAUCGGGUCUCCAGGAUGGAUACGCUCGCCGGCGUCGCAAUUAAGUACGGCGUUGAGGUUGCCGAUAUUAAAAGGAUGAAUGGCCUAGUGACAGAUCUCCAAAUGUUUGCUCUCAAGACACUUCAUAUUCCACUGCCAGGGAGGCACCCUCCAUCUCCCAUUCUGUCUAAUGAUUUAGACAAUCAAGGAUCUAGCAGCUCUGAGGUGACCCCAUCACAGCGUAGGCACUCUGAUCUUUUUGACUCGUUCCAGUCACUGAAACUGAAAUCUUCUCCUCAGCAGAGAGUUUCCCCAGCCAUGAGCACCCUACAAAAUUACUAUGGUACAAGGUCAAAUGAUCAGAGAACUGCAUCUGAAGGCUUUGAAAUGGCUGUCUACCGGAAAGGGGGUUCUCAUUAUUUAGAGGAUGGACCAUUUAUGCAAUCAUCACCUCAGUCUAACCCGCCUUUGAGUCAUCAUAGAAAAAGUAAAAGUGUAACUAAUGGUUUAUGGUCGGAGAACAGCCAGCUGCUUAAUGACAUAUUGGCAGUUACAGAAGCCAGAGAAGGCGAUUCUGAUAAAUGGAAUGAGAAGUUGAUUAGAAGGCGGCAGAAAUCUGAAGCAGACUUCAGUGCACGUGCCCCGGAAAUGCUUCUGAAGGAGGAUAACAGUAGCAGUGGUGGAUUUUCGGCAAUAACAGGAAAGGGCUUGGCUCUCAGACCCAAGGCAGCAAAUCGAACUGCUUCAGGGGCUGAUGGAGAAGCAAGUUUGUUAAACCCUAUUCCCAUAGGUUUAGGGGAUUCCGUUGUUGCAGACGGCUUGGGUGGAGUGAGGAAAUCCUCGAGUACACCAAGCUUGCAGGAUCAGGAAAAUGGUGCAGCAUCUUCAUCCAUCUGGCCAACAUCAAAAUGGAGCCUGAAAUCAGAUCUGCAGGCACUGUCUACUGCAGCCAUUACAAGACCCAUCUUUGACGGCUUGCCGAAGCCAAUCACAGGCCGGAAAAGCAAAGCCGCACUCGAUUAGUAAAAUUCCCUCUCUGUAGAUGCAAAUUUUCCGAUUGAUUUUUGUUUUAACUCUGUUGGGCCAUCCGCCAUUAAGAGAAGAUAGGAAGGAACAGGGGAAAGGUGGCAAAUAAAGCAUUUGGGAUGAUAUGACAUUUUUUGUUGACUGAAGAACUUCAUAUAUGUCUUCCAUCUAUUUGGGAGUUUACCAUGCAAAAAUGCUGGCAAGUUGAAGUUUGGUAGCUGCAGUUGAACACUACUAGAUAGAUUGGGUGGGUUGGGUUAAUAUUACACACACCAUUUGUUUUUUUUUUUUUUUUGGCUACAGAAGAAGUUGUAUGCAUUUCAGAAAACGUACGUUGCAAGAAAUUUAAUGUAUAUUAGCUUGUAGAUCUCAUCAGUUGGACGGACUGCUGUCUGUUAAAGCAUAUAUUGUUUAUAUACAUACAUACAUACAUAUAUUUAUUUAUUGCUCCU